AUGUCAUUGAAAAGUAUCAUUGCUGACUUGAACAAGGGUGACAAACUAAAUGGUGAAAAUUACGACAUCUGGAGUCGUAAAAUGUGGUAUGUACUCGAAGAGCAAUAUGCUAUUGAAGGUAUUAACCAUGUUAUGAGUCACCCAGAGGAGGGUAACACUGCCCAACACAGGAGGGAUCUAGAAACUUACAAUAUUUUGAAAAAGAAAAAUUCCACUACAUGUGGAAUUAUUGUAAGUUCAGUUGUUGAUGAUCUCAUCCACGAAUGUGAGCAAUAUCCUACUACUCAAGCAAUAUGGGCACAUUUUAGAGAGGCAUAUGGGAGUACAACUGUAACUCGCCUUCGACAGCUAACAAUCAAGUUUGACACGUACAAAAAACGUCAUGAUCACAAUGUCAAGCAACAUCUAAGGGUGAUGCCAAAUAUGAUUGCUCAACACAAAAGUGUUGGUCAUGUUCUCUCUAAUGAGCAGCAGGUUCAGGCAGUGAUUCGCAUUAAAACUUUUGCUGAUGUUACUCGUCAUGUGGAGCUUGAAGAUGAGUGGUUUGGUACUGCUAAAGUUGUACCUAAUGCCUUUGUGGCAGAAUCAAGUGGUACAAAGAGAUCAAGCUUCAAACGCAAGAGAAACUGA